CGAGGAGGCAAUGCUUUAGAUGAGUUCCAGAGGAUAAUGAGAAUGCUGCCGAGGAUCAAAGCAGUGCUUGAAGAUGCAGAGGAAAGGGAGAUACAAGACAGAUCUGUUAAGUUACGUCUUUCAGAGCUCAGGUGCUUGGCUUAUGACAUUGAUGAUGUAAUCGAUGAGUAUGAGUAUGAUGUCCAGGCAGCCCAGAUGGAAGCUAGAGCUGCAGAAGAGUCCUACCACCAUGUCAAGCGCAAGCGAGGCGAUGAUGAACGUUAUGGUCAGAGUGCGCAUGUAGAAGGUCUUAAUACAUUAACAUCCUCAUCUUAUCAAGUUCCAUCAAUUUCUGAUGUCAUGCUUGAGAAGCUAAGGGAGAUUCGGGAAAGAUUCGAUGAGAUUGAAAGGGAUCGAAAGGGACUUCGUUUAAGAGAGGACGAUGGCGUGAGGCGAACUGUUAGUGCACAAAAUUAUCGGCUUACCAGCUCUCUCGUCGAUGAAUCAAUUAUAAUCGGGAGAGAGAGUGAGAAAGAGAAGAUAGUGAAGUUAUUGCUCUCAGACGUACAAGUGAGCAAUAAAAUUACAGUCAUCCCAAUAGUUGGCAUGGGGGGUGUGGGGAAGACAACGUUGGCCCAACUCAUUUAUAAUGAUCCUAGAAUUCGUCAAUAUUUUGAUCUACGUAUAUGGAUCUAUGUUUCUGAGGUUUUUGAUCUUGUGAAAUUAACCAAAGAGAUAUAUAGAUCUAUAACUAACAAAUCAUGUGAGGAGCAUGUUGGAUUUGAUUAUCUUCAAGAUUCCAUUAAAAAAGAACUUAUGAAAUUUAAAAGAACGUUUUUGGUGUUGGAUGAUGUGUGGAAUGAGAAGCAAUUUCUCUGGGAGUCCCUAAAAGUCCCAUUUCACAAUGCAGGUGUUGUGAAUAUUUUGUUGACAACACGAAAUGAAAAGGUUGCAGAUGUCAUGCGGACUAUGAACUACUUUCAUUUGGGCUUUCUUUCCGAAGAUGAAUGUUGGCGAUUGUUCAAUCAAUAUGCUUUAUGUGGUGAUGAGAACCUGAUGAGGAUUGGCCAAAAAAUUGUAAACAAAUGUGGUGGAUUACCUUUGGCUAUAAAACUACUUGGAAGCCAUCUUCAAUUUGAAAGAGAUGAAGAUAAGUGGAUGAGCAUCUUAGAAAGCGAGCUUUGGGACUUGGAUCCAGGGACAAAUGAAAUUUUUCCUGCUCUUAAACUGAGUUAUCAAAGGAUGCCAAUUCACUUGAAGCCAUGCUUUAGGUAUUGUUCUUUAUUUCCUAAAAAGCAUAUUCCUGAUAAAAAUCGCCUUGUAUGGUUGUGGAUUGCGCAGGGCUAUAUCCAACCAAAAAUAAGAUGCAAGACUAUGGAGGAGAUUGGUAGAGAGUAUUUUGAUGAACUCUUGGGGAGAUCGUUCUUUCAAGCAACAGAAUCUACAAACUAUUUUAAGAUGCAUGACUUGAUUUAUGAUUUGGCAGUUUCUAUUUCUGACAAUGAUUUCAUCAUCAUGAAAUCAAAGGGUUGCAACCAAAAUAUAUGCAUAUCAAAUAAAGCUCGCCACUUAGCUAUACAUAAUGAGGCAACAUAUAAUGAAGCACUAAAAGGCUCUUUUGUGUUCCCAUUUCUUAACAUGCAUGUUUCUCUUCAUUCUAUAUUUUGUUAUGGCUGGAGGAUAAUCAAUGAAUUUCAGCUUUUGGAUUCAACACGCUUGCGAGCACUGCAUAUUGAAAUCGAUCAAUUUGAUUCAAACACCUCAAAGUUUCUUGGUUCAAUUGCCUCAAUGAAGCAUUUACGCUAUCUUUGCUUUCAUAAUAUAAUUUUAAGGGAUCUUCAUUGGGACAAAGUUGCUCUUUCAAGCUUAUUCAAUUCAUUACAUAGUAUUCGUAAUGUGCAAGUGUUGGACUUCUGUCGCUAUCAUGAUCCUAUAAUCUUACCAACAAGCAUAAAAAAUCUUAUCAACCUUCGACAUUUGAUUCUACCAUGGGAUUCUGUCAUGCCAUGUGGGAUAAGCAAGUUAACUUGUCUCCAGACAUUAAAAUUUGUAGUUGUGAAGGAUGAAAAUCAUGAAGGUGGUGGACUAGGUGAGAUAGAAGACUUAGCAAGCCUUACAGGGAUUUGUUGCAUCAGAAAUAUAGGUUAUGCAAAUAAUGUUGAGGAUUUCAAGAAGGCAAAUAUUAAUGGGAAGAAGCAUAUUAAGAGUUUACUCAUAGAUUGGGAUAGUAGAAUAGGUUUUGAUGAUGCUUCUGUAUUUGAUGUUAACAUAUAUUUUGAUGCAAAGGAACAAGUAAAGAAAAAAAGUUUUGAGUUGGAAGAGUUGAAACUUGAGGCAUUGCGGCCUCACAACUACCUCAAAGAAUUAAAGAUACAUAAUUACUCAGGGAUACUAUUCCCGUCAUGGCUUGGUGAUCCCUCGUACUCUAAGUUACAAGAUAUAACCCUUGAAGGAUGUGAUAAAUGGGAUGGAUCAGGUAGAGUGCUGGAUAGAGAUCUCCCAUGUCUUCAAAGCAUUUCCAUCAUUGGUUGUGCUAUGUUAAAAAAUAUAAAAAUAGUGCAGCCAUCCUCACUUAGAAGACUACUUAUUCGACGAUGUCCAAAAAUAACAUCAUUGCAUGGGCUAUGUAGUUUGCAUAGACUUGAAAAGUUAGAAAUAAAGUGGUGUGAUAAUCUCUUGAUCUCUGCGGAGGAGAUACUUCCUUCUAAGUUGCAAUUUGUAUGUUUCGAAAGUUGCCGGAAGUUGACAUCAAUACCAGGCCUGCAAAAGCUUCGUUCACUUGAGGAAUUGAAGCUAAAAAGCUGCUGGGAACUUGAACUCACUUUGGAAGAAAAGCUUUCAUCCAUGCCUAGUGUUUUGCAGAUUGCUUAUUGCCCUCGAUUGAAAAAGUGGUGCCAAAGAUAUGGAUACAAAUAUAUUACGGUUAAAUAUGUGGCUUGCCGCUUGAAGGUGGUGCUAGUGCGUGGUGGCUCCAACUGUUAUAGUCUUGCCAUUGAGAAGGUCGAGGACCGGUUUGUAGAUUGGUCCGGACGAAAUAAUUGCUUCAAGGCCGAAACACAAUUACAGCGCCAUUACCAUAGCCAUUCUGUUCCCAAGAAUUAUAUUGAUUCUUAUAAAGACAAUGCCAAGAACAAUUUCCCAGCUCCCAAUACUACAUCAAAUUCCCCUUACCAUUACAACUACUCCUGCAACACAUCAGCCGAAUAA